AUGGCGGCUGGCUCCUACCUCCUCUGCCAGCUGCUGCACUACGACGCUGGAAAAAUGCAUGUGGUUGUGUACUGCGUUGGAAGAAUUUUGGCAUACAUGUUUGAGAAGACCACACAAACGGUGGCACAAUACGAGGGCGAGCUUAUUAUUAGGGGGGCUAUAAUACAUUUGGUCAGGAAUGGAAUGAAAGGGUGUGCUAUCUACGAGGCUGCAGAGUGGUUCCACGCACCAUCAGAAGUUUUUUUGCCCUCCCCCCAUUUAUGGAGCAUGAUUGUUGUGUCACCCCCGCACGAAAAUAACUUCUCAUCAUGGGAGGAACGCGCGUGUGCCAUGCGCAUCAUCAUGAAUUGCCCUGAGGAGCUUGAGGUGAAGGCGAUGUGUGCGUGGAGGAUGUGUCAUCAGCCUGCAGAGGAGCAAGAUGAGUGCUGGAGAAGAAGGGUGCAACAACGCAUGGAUGACGUUGGACCAAUUCUACGUUGGAUCUUUGAUGCGGAUGCGUAUCUGGUGCGCCGUCUGAUCGCUUGUUGA